GCACUUUGUCUCUCCCAGUGCGGUCGUGACCGGCUUUGAGCGAUGGUUGUCGACAGCGUUCUCCUUGUCCCCAGCCUCCUGCUCUUGGUGGCUGGGGUGUCUCUGCUCACCGCUUCCUGGCGCCGACAGGGUUCUGACCGGCGCCGGCAGUGGUGGAGAUGGUGGCAGCAAGUGGUAGCAUCAGAGUCAGGUGCUGAGAGGCAGGCAGGCAGGCGCGGGAGCCCCCUGUGCAGGCCACGUUGCUCCCAGCAGCAAGCAUCACCGUGGCAGGGCAGUCCUAUCCUGCCCCAUGUCAUCCAGCCAGGAAAGACCCGGCCUUUGUUGAAGUGCAGCCUGUGCCCCUCUCUUCACACCGACUCUGCCACUGGUACCACGAGCUCUGUGGGGAAACCCGGCAGGCUUCCCGGACAGGACCAGCACCCGCAGGUUCUGGUGGCACGUGGGACCCCCAGGAUGCUCAGUCAGCGUUCAAGGCUAGGCAGUGGAGUUCAGGACCUGCCACCUGAGAUCCUCAGCUGCACAAAGCCACCGGUGAAAGGGAUGGUCUUUCAGGAGGGCCUUGUUCAAACAGAGGAGAGAAAACGCUGGUGGGAAUACAAGACCAAGAGGCCUAUUUGGCCUAUGCGCCCCCCAGCACUUCCUAGAGGGCACAGGAAAGCAGGAGCAGCAGCAAGACCAUCAUGUGGACCAGCUUUGAGCCUGGAGAAAAAAGCAGGCUGCAAAACUGAAACCUGCCAGUCCUUCAACUCUGGCUUCAGCAACAACAGAAGCACAGAGAAAUCAGACAGGCUCGCUAUGGCAAGGCUGUACCGGCAGCUCCUGGUGUCCCUGAAACGGCCCAAGACCAAGAACGAUUGCUAACAAGUCAGGCUGCGGAACUGAAGAACAUCCUCCCUGUAACCUCUUCCAGCACACAGCCACCAGUGAAAGGGAUGAUCGUGCAGGAGAACAUCCUUCAAACAGAGGAGAGGAAAUGCUGGUGGAAGAGCAAGGCCAAGAGGCCUCUUGGGUAUUGUAUAGCCUCUUCAGCUCUUCCCGGAGUUCGGAUGGAAGCUGAAGCAGCUGCAGGACCAACACUAGGGCCAGCUUCAAGCCUACAGAAAAGGAGACAGCAGAACUGAAACCUGCCAGCACCUCAACACUGCUGUCAUUGUUAUGAAUUGAUUGCCAAUAUUACCAAUAGAGAAUUGAAUCUCAGCCCUAAGAUCAUCAUUUGUGUCAUACUAAUUCAGC